AUGUCAGCUAAAGCCAUUCGUGAAUUUGAUGGAAAACGCAUUCUAUCACUCACUUUACCAUCUUUUAAUCUUAAUAAACACUUUGCACAAGUGGCUAUAGGUAAGAACUUUAUUGGUCAAAGUCGUGACGAGUUUUUCCAAGCUAUUGAAGCUACAAACCCAUGGCUUACGACACUUGAUGAGAAGACAAAACUUGUAGUAAAACCUGAUCAACUGAUUAAACGUCGUGGUAAAGCUAAUCUAUUAUUACUUAAUGCAACGUGGAGUGAAGUCCAAGACUGGGUCUGGGAACGUAUAAGUCAACCGGUUCAGGUUGAGACAGUUACGGGUGUACUUACACACUUUAUUGUCGAACCUUUUCUUCAACAUCAUAGUACUGAUGAGCAUUAUGUAUGUAUUGUCUCGAAUCGUGAUGGCGAAGAGAUUUUAUUUCAUCAUGAAGGUGGUGUUGAUGUUGGUGACGUUGAUGCAAAAGCAAAACGUCUACAGGUCGGCAUUGAAUCGGUUGUCUCUGAUGACGAGGUAAUUACGGCACUAUUGUCAUCUAUUGAGGAUGUACGAAAGCCAAUUCUGGCCAAGUUUCUGGUAGAGAUGCUAGCCAAGUUUCGUGAAUUACACUUUGUAUACAUGGAGAUCAACCCUAUCGUACUCGUAGGCAACCAAAUCUCUGUACUAGAUAUGGCUGCAAAGCUUGAUGAGACGGCUAAUUUCCUUGUAGGAGACCGUUGGGGUCAGAUUGAAUUUCCUCCAGCCUUUGGUCGAGCCAAAUUCCCCGAGGAAGAAUUUAUCCAGGAUCUGGACUCCAAGACUGGUGCUUCACUCAAACUUACGAUUCUCAACCACACUGGUCGUAUCUGGACAAUGGUUGCUGGUGGUGGUGCCUCAGUUGUGUACGCUGACACGAUUGCGGAUCUUGGUUACGGUCACGAACUGGCCAAUUAUGGGGAGUACUCGGGUGCUCCCAGCGAGACGCACACUUACAAUUACGCCAAAACCAUUCUGGACCUCAUGACGCGCAACUUUGACGAGCGUGGCAAGGUGUUGAUUAUUGGCGGUGGUAUUGCCAAUUUCACGGACGUUGCACUGACGUUCAAGGGCAUUAUCCGUGCCAUUACAGAGUACCAGCAAAAACUGAAGGACAACAAAGUACACAUUUGGGUGCGUCGUGGUGGCCCCAACUGCCAGGAGGGUCUGGCUGUCAUGCGUGACGUUGGUGAGGCUACAGGUGUUCCUAUUGAGGUUUUUGGCCCGGAGACACACAUUACGGCUGUAGUUCCUAUGGCUCUUGGACUCGUGGAAAAGUCUUCAUUGAUGGUAGCGCAGGCCACUGCCAAAGCCAUUGGUGGCGUUAAGUCAAGCGCGGGCAAACCGUCCUCAGAUGAAGGCAGUACAGUAACCAGCGAUAACGAGGAGUCAGUAUGCACGGAGGAACUGGACGGCCAGGGUGUCGUGAACAAGCAGACUCCCGUGGUGAUUCAGGACGAGGGCAUUGUGCGCAUGAACGACAAGACGCGUUGCAUUGUCUACGGUCUGCAGCAACGUGCUGUGCAGGGCAUGCUUGACUUUGACUACUUGUGCAAGCGCAAGACUCCCAGUGUGGCGGCCCUUAUCUUUCCGUUCUCACCCAACCACUACUUGAAGUUUUAUUGGGGUACUUCGGAGCGUCUGAUUCCCGUAUUCCAGAAGUUAUCCGAUGCUGUCAAGAAGUACCCGGACGUGAGCGUACUUAUCAACUUUUCAUCUUUCCGUUCCGUGUACCAGUCCACAAUGGAGGGCUUUGAGCACAGCGACACCAUUAAAACGCAUGCUAUCAUCGCCGAAGGUGUUCCGGAGCAGCAGUCGCGUUUGAUCGCUAAGAAGGCGCGUGAGCUGAAUGUGGGAAUCAUUGGUCCUGCCACAGUUGGCGGAAUCAAGCCAGGUUGCCUACGUAUCGGCAACACUGGAGGAAUGCUGGAUAACAUUGUGCAGUCGAAGCUUUACCGUCCCGGGAGCGUUGCGUACGUAUCCAAGUCGGGCGGUAUGUCCAAUGAAUUAAACAACAUUGUUUCGCAGACAACGGAUGGUGUGUACGAGGGUGUAGCUAUUGGCGGUGACAAGUAUCCUGGUUCCACAUUCAUCCAACACUUGCUACGUUAUGAGGCAAAUUCGGAGGUGAAGAUGAUGGUGCUUCUCGGUGAGGUCGGUGGGACAGACGAGUUUGCAGUCUGCCGGGCCAUUCAGUCAGGUGCGAUUAAGAAGCCGGUGGUUGCCUGGUGUAUUGGUACGUGCGCCAAAAUUUUCCCCUUCGAGGUGCAGUUUGGUCACGCCGGCGCUUGUGCUACUGGUGAGUCUGAGACUGCUUCGGCGAAGAACGCUGCUCUAGCUGCGGCAGGUGCCAUUGUCCCAGAAAAUUUUGACCAAUUUGGUAACGCGAUCCGCAAGCAAUUCGACUCGAUGGUUGCGUCGGGUACGAUCGUGCCGCGUCCCGAAGUACCUGUUCCCAAAGUUCCUAUGGAUUACGCUUGGGCCAAGAACCUUGGUCUCAUCCGCAAGCCUUCUAAUUUCAUCUCUUCCAUCUCAGAUGACCGUGGUGAGGAGCUGCGCUACGCUGGUACCCCUAUAUCAAAGGUUUUUGAACAAGACAUGGGUGUCGGCGGCGUGAUCGGUCUGCUGUGGUUCAAGCGCAACCUGCCGCCGUACGCCUCAAAAUUCAUUGAGAUGGUACUCAUGGUCACCGCCGAUCAUGGCCCGGCUGUUUCGGGUGCCCACAACACUAUUGUUACUGCCCGUGCUGGCAAAGAUUUAAUUUCUUCGCUGAUCUCUGGUCUGGUGACGAUUGGCCCCCGUUUUGGUGGUGCGUUGGACAAGGCUGCUGAAAUGUUCGCGAGUGCGCACGACUCGGGCAUGUCUGCGGUCGACUUUGUGGUAGAAAUGCGCAAGCAGAACAAGCUCAUUAUGGGUAUUGGCCACCGCAUUAAGUCGCUGUCGAACCCGGACAAACGCGUGACCAUUAUUAAGGAGUUUGCAAAGGCAAAUUUCCCCGCCACUGAUGUACUGAACUUUGCCUUGGAGGUAGAGCAAGUGACGACAAAGAAGCGCAACAACCUUAUACUGAACGUAGACGGUUGUAUUGCGGUCUGUUUUGUGGAUUUGUUGCGUAAUUGCGGUGUGUUCACGCUGGAAGAGGCGAACGAGCAGAUUGAAAAUGGCUGUCUAAACGGCUUAUUUGUGCUUGGUCGUAGCAUUGGUUUUAUCGGCCACUUUCUCGACCAGAAACGUCUCAAACAACCACUAUAUCGUCAUCCGUGGGACGACAUCUCGUAUCUGAAUGAAGACUUUUAG